GUGGGAGUUCGUUUCAAUAAAAUUGUGAUACAUACUUAAACACAAACCAGUUUAAUAAACAAAUAUUACACUAUUUAUACUGUUAUGAACAUUUAAAACAGUCAUGGAAGGCUUACCAACAGGGGAUAUUCAGACUAAAUACCAAAAAUUAGCCGCUGAGUAUUCUAAACUGCGAGUGCACAUCAAAGUUUUGAAAAAAGGAGUUCUCGAUGAGCAAGCAAAGUCUAAUGAAUUGCGAGAGACUUUAAAGGCGAAAGAAAAGGCUUUGCGUAAAGGCGAAUUGGAGAUAGAUUCUCUGACAUUCAGGAAUCAGCAGCUGACAAGACGAGUUUCCGUCCUCCAGGAUGAACUGGAUAUAUUACAAAUAAAAUGUACAAAAAAAACAAAAAGUAAAAAUGAAGAAAAACAGCCCACAACAAGUAGCAUGUUGGAUUCAGGGUUACUACAAGAAGAACUGCAGAAGAAAAUCAUAGAAAAUGCUGAUAUUUCCUCUCAGCUUGCAGACAAACAUUUUGAGAUAUCUCAAUUGAAAGCAUCUUUAGAAGACUACCAGAGACACAUAAGUGAAAGUGACAGUAAAUAUAAAUGUGAAAUAGCAAAACUAAAAAACAGAAAUCAAGAAUUACAGCUAGCAUUAGAAGGUGCACAAAAAGAGAAGCUUGAUGGGACCCCAAACAGGGUCAAUGCACCAUCUAGUAGUCAACCGACAAGCUGUAAUGGUGACUUCCUGUCGGAAGCAGGGAGUUUGUUUGGCAGUGAAGGGGGACUUUGUUCUGUAGAUGAUUUGAAUGACAAUGAACAAAUUAGUGUUAAAGCACAUUCCUUAGAACAGGAAAACCAACAAAUGAAAUUGGAAUUCGAAAUUUUACGCUUAGAAAAUGAGAGUUUAAAAUUAGAAGUUGCAAAGUAUGAAUCUGCCUCGCAAAAAAGAAGAGGUGAUGGGCAUGAUUCUGGUGAUUUUAAUGUAUUUAGUGAAACGUCUAUAGAUGGGGAGGGGAGAGUUACAGGGCUUUUAGGAAGUCUUGAAGUUCCAUUUGUUUUGUCUGAAGAGACUAAAGCAAGAGAAGAAAGGAUGAAGACAUAUUUCAGGAGCAAACUAAGUCAAAUUCAGGUUGAGAAAGCAGAGUUGAAGAGUAAGACUGAACAUUAUAUUAAAGAGUGUGAGUUACUGAGGCUUCGAUUCGAGGAGAUGGAGCAGGACAAACAAAUGGACAAGCAUACAUUGAAUGAGAAACACAAUACUAUCAACAGACUAGAAGAAGAACUGCAUUCAACAUCUCACAACUACGAGGAGCAGAUGUCUGUGCUGACAGAACACGUGGCCGGCCUCAAUGAGCAGCUGACGAGGCAGCACGACGUGAUACAACAUCUCAAACACCAGCUCGCCAACAAAAGGAACUAGCUGAAGCUGUCCGUCAGCAGAUACCGAUCUGCCUGGAGAGUAAGGUGGCAGCGGUUCAAGUGAGAUUGGGACUGUCAAUAUUAUCUCCAUUUGGGAGGUGAAUAGGUAAAAAGCAAUGAGCCUGUCUCCCCAUACUAAUGAUUCUAUAAUAUGAGCAUCAAAGAUGGUAUAGCCAUACUGAAGACGAUCAGAUCGUUUUGUUGCUUAAAGAAAAAGGUGAAUUAUUAUUCUAAUAAUUUAGGCCGAAUUUUAAUUAGUCAACAUAGAUGUACACAUCGUAUCCUUGUUUUUAAAGUAUUGUCGAACAACAAAUUUAGCUAAUAAAACAGCCGGCUUCUUGGCACAUUUAGCAUUUCAACUUUUACAACUAAUUUUGUAAAUCUUAUUAUUCUUAUUCUUUCCCGUUCGUUUUUUAACACACUUUUAUUAGCCUGGCCUGUACCUGUCUUUCUAUCUUUAAACAUAAUAGAAUUUUUUAAACAUGAUUUUUAUAAAUUUGGAGACAUCCGAUUGAUGCUUUAAUAUUUGAACACGAAUCAAUAACCGAUGACGGUAUAAUAAUAUUAUAACUUUGGUCUAACUAGUAUCACCGAUAUUUA